GCCUGGGCGGGCGGCGCGGGGAGAUGACGUGAGAGGGAAGGCGGCGCUGAGUGGUGACGUCGCGGGAGAGGAUGGGGGAACGGAAACUCCUGGUUCUCUUUGGCAGCCAAACGGGGACAGCUGAGGACACAUCUGAGAGGAUUGGUCGAGAAGCCAAACGAAGGCACUUCCAGUGCAGGGUGGUGGCUUUGGAUGACUAUGAUGUGGCCAACCUCAUCAACGAGCCCCUGGUGGUGUUUGUGUGUGCCACCACGGGGCAGGGUGACCCCCCUGACAACAUGAAGGCGUUCUGGAGGUUUCUGUUCAGGAAGAACCUGCCACAAGGUUCCCUCUGCCAGCUGGACUAUGCUGUGCUGGGUCUGGGUGACUCCUCCUACCCCAGGUUUAAUUUCAUUGCCAAGAAGCUGCACAAACGGGUGCUGCAGCUUGGGGCCAACCCUCUGCUGCCAGUGGCUCUGGGAGAUGACCAGCACGACUUGGGACCAGAUGCAGUGGUGGAUCCAUGGCUCUUGGCCUUAUGGGACAAGAUCCUCACCUUGUAUCCCCUGCCUCCUGGCCUUGAGAUCAUCAGUCCAGAUGUCUGCCUGCCCCCAAAGUACACCCUGCACUAUCUGGAUGAGGACACCCUGCACCCUGAUCCUGGCCUGCUCCAGCCCACAGCUCCCAGGGCUUUUCCCUCCCAGCUCCAUCCCUUCCCUGCCCGGAUGGUGUUCAACCAGAGGGUGACAGCAGAAUCCCAUUUCCAGGACGUCCGGCUCAUCGAGUUCGAUGUCACUGGCUCAGGAAUCACGUUCUGUGCAGGAGAUGUGGUGAUGAUCCAGCCCCAGAACUGCCCCGAGGAUGUGCAGCAGUUCUGCCAACUCCUGCGUCUGGAUCCACAGAGGAGUUUUGUGCUGAAGCCCACAGAGCCUGGCACACCCCUCCCUGCCCUCCUGCCACAGCCCUGCACCAUCCAGCACCUGCUCACCCACUACCUGGACAUCUCCUGUGUCCCACGGCGUUCCUUCUUUCACCUCUUGUCCUACUUCUCUCCCAACGAGCUGGAGAGGGAGAAGCUGCAGGAAUUCAGCUCUGCCCAGGGCCAGGAGGAGCUGUACAGCUACUGCAACCGUCCCCGCAGGACCACCCUGGAGGUCCUGUGGGAUUUCCCUCACACCACCUCUGCCAUCCCACCCCAUUACCUGCUGGAGCUCAUCCCUCGCAUCAGACCCCGCGCCUUCUCCAUCGCCUCCUCCAUGCUGGCUCAUCCUGACAGGAUCCAGAUCCUCGUGGCAGUGGUGCAGUACAGGACGCGGCUCAGCAAACCCCGCCGGGGGCUCUGCUCUACCUGGUUGGCUUCUCUCAAUCCAGAGCAAGGUGAUGUCCGGGUACCUCUUUGGGUGAAGAAAGGAGGAAUGAGGUUCCCAGCUGACCCUGACACCCCCGUGAUCAUGAUUGGCCCUGGCACAGGGGUGGCACCUUUCCGUGCAGCCAUCCAGGAGAGGGUGGCACAAGGACAGAGAGGGAACUGCUUGUUCUUUGGCUGUCGCCAGAAAUCCAAGGACUUCUACUGCCAGGCAGAGUGGGAAGAGCUGGUGACAAGGGGCUUCCUGACACUCUUCACUGCCUUCUCCAGGGACCAGGAGGAGAAGGUUUAUGUUCAGCAUCGCAUCCUGGAGAACCGAAGGCUGGUGUGGGAGCUGCUGAGUGCUGGGAAUGCUCACAUCUACCUGGCUGGGAAUGCCAAGCAGAUGCCAGGGGCUGUGUCUGAAGCCCUGCAGGCAGUGUUGCAGCUGGAAGGUGGGCUGUCACCCUCGGAAGCAGAGCAGCAUUUAGCAGCCCUUGAACGGUCCCAGCGUUUCCAGUCUGAAACCUGGUCCUAAGCCUGGCUCCCUGCCUCCCCUUCCCCCUAAACUCUGCCUGAAUAAAGGAACCAGCAAAA